AGGCAAAUCGCAGCGCCGCAUCCCGCCACAGGAGGCAGCCACCCGACGACCUACGACCCUCUCACGACGCCGACGCGAUACCCCACAAGCUGGUAGCCACCCUAGAUCCGCUCGCGCCAGCGAAAGGGCCACGGGGCAGCCGCCACCAGAUAAGCCAUGAGCGGCUCCGUCCUGCGCGAGGCCGCGGCCCAGGGCGACGUCGAGUACCUCAAAGAACUCCUCGAGACGGGCGGCAACCCCUGCUCGACCGACGACAACGGACUCAACGCAUUGCACUUCGCGGUCUGGAACGGCCACGUCGAGGCCGUCGAGCUGCUCGUUGUUAAUGAUGUGGGCUGCCCGACCCUGCCGGCGAACACGCGCGCGAAAUUGGAGGAUGCCAAGUCCAAGUGGUUGCAAGGGUACAUCGCGCGAGACAACCACGACGGGACGUACGACGUUAAUUUCGAAGAUGGGAGUAGCGAACAAGCCAUCGAAAAGAGAAAAAUCCGCCAGGCCGAGAAGGAGGACGGUACGCUCUACCCGAAACCGAAGGAAGGCAAGGCCUGGAAGGUGAACAUGAUCUGUCUGGCUCGUUAUAGUCAUAAGCGAGAUACGUCGAACCUCGUUUCUACGGAUGGUUCGUAUGGCGGCGCCGCGUUUAAUCAAGAGCAGUACGACGCCGAGCAAGCUAUUGCUGCCGCUCAACAACAUCUCGAACAGCUAGAGAAGAAUAGACUGAAGAAGAAGCCGCAAGCGUCCUGUGUUACGGGCGUGACGGAGGCCGGGUGGUCGCCGCUACACAUCUGCGCCAUGGGGUCGCUCAACGACGUCGAGUGCGCCCAGAUCCUGCUGGAGGCCGGCGUGUCGCCGUUGGUACCUGUGUGGAAAUCAAAAUUUCACGUCACGUUCGCGUCGUCCUCCACGCCAUCGACGCGAUGCCUGCUCGAUGGCGUGGCGGUGCCGGUUCUUCACCGCUCGACGGAGCCAGCACGGCCGCGUGCACCCGACACACUGGUUGAUGUCCACACAGGUUGAUCCAAGAUAAAGAUGGCCGCACGGCCUACGACGUCGCUCUGGAAUCGAGGAACGUGCCGCUGGCCGCUCUACUGCGACGGCCUCGGCCGGACUUCGACACGAGAAGACGGGCGAUGCGUACGUAUAGGAAUCGAUGCUUAAUCCAAGAUAAGCCGAAGCGGCCGCCGCCACCUUACUACGAUACCAUAGAAGGAGAACCGCCUUUACCGGAAGUGAUUAUCGAGACGGACGACGAGGCCGAGCCCGAGGAAAAGAACCUUCUCGAAUUAGUAGUAGAGAAGAAAGCGAGGAUCGACGCCGUGCUGUUCAACGCCUUUCCCGAUCGCUCGAAACAGGAGUGGGGCGCCCUCGUGAAGCAGGGCCGGGUCCAAGUGGACGGCAAGACGAUGACCAAAAAGAAAAGUGUAGAAGAGAACGCGUUAGUGGUCGUCGAGCUGCCGCCGCCGUCAAGGCCACAGACCGCCGUUGAAACCUUCGAGGUCGGCGAUCUGGUCCAGGUGGGCGACGACCGCGGCGUCGUGACGGCGCUGCCGGUCAAGGGCAAGGGCCCCUGGAAAAUUACAGUGGGGGACGAGCCCCACCCGCGGAAACUGAAGACGGGCGAAUUCACGAAGCUGGACGAGCCCGAGGAGGAGGAGGAGAAGGAUCUGGGCGGCGAGGAGCACGCGACGGACUGGGUCGCGCACGAAAAAUUUUUAGCCGACGAACGGUUGGAGUCCUGGGACGGCACGACGCAAAGGCCCGUGCAACUCGCCGACCCGCCGAAAGAGUUGUUGAUACCGGAGCACCUCCAGCUCAAAUACGCCAAGGAGUCGUUCACGAUCGGGACGGCGCGGAAAGAUGGUAGUAGGAGAAAGCGAGGACCGCAUAUCAUCCAGAAUUUGAUCUUCGCGGUGCGUGAAGCUGAUAAAAAUUUCGAGCGGCGGGAGUUAUUGGCGGCGGAGCAGGAGCAGUUCCUGGACCACGAGGCCAUCGCCAAGGCCGAAAGGAACAAGCUCAAGUCGACGCGCGACCGGCGGAACGUGCUCGAAGGGAUGUCGAUGCUCGGGGCCGCGACCGGGGGCGGCAUGGAGACGGGGGGGUAUGCCAUCUAAUUUGUUAUUG